AUGCGUCGUGCCACCAUUCAGGCCUUCCGAGCCAGCCUCCAAUGCAGCACGCGAGGCUUGCGAUUUAACCCGCGCCGGGGCUAUUCUUCUCUCAUCUCCUCCUCCACUGCGACUGGGAGACGGGCCACCCUCGUCACACCUCCAACCCGCCGAUUCCUUUCCACGUCGCCACCCACACGCAGUCGCAGCAACAGUGACGGCAGCCACAACAAACCGAACAACAGCAAUAGCCUCCAGAUCCCAACGGCCGGGAACACGCCGGUACCCGGCGAACCACUCAGAUCAUCCAUGUUCUACCGGCGGGCGUCGGUGGCCGUGGUCUCCGCGCUAGUGGGCUUCGGGGCAUACUACUCGUACGGCGGCAACGGAACGGACAGUUUGGGAACGCGGGCAUACUCUUCGGCAUCGGGCGGCUCAUCCACCACAGCCGGCGGCGAAAUGGGGCCGACGCGCUCGGUCUUGGUGAUUGGCGCCAACGAUCUACACACGGGCACGUUUGUCGGCGACGGGCCCAUCUCCAAAACCACGGGCACCGACGGCCGGCGUGUUAUUGAGAUGCUGACGCCGGACCAGGCGACCGAAGCGUUGCGGCGGACAGAGGAGUCAUACUAUGUGAACCGUGGCCAGGGUGUGGUGCGAUAUGAUUUGGUGCAGCUCCCAAGCAAUGAUCCGAUUGAGGAUGAUCAUGCGGAGAAGAUUGUGGAGAUGCCGGAUGGGAAUGGGGUCCAAGGUGGGAGUAGCGACUGGAUGUUUUGGGGUGUGUUUGACGGACACUCUGGGUGGACAACAUCAGCCAAAUUGCGCCAGGCCCUAGUUACGUUUGUAGCCCGCGAACUCAACGAUACCUACCAGGCGUCCAGCCUGAUGCCAUCACAAGAUGCGGUCGAUGCCGCCAUCAAGAAGGGCUUCCUGAAGCUGGACGACGAUAUCGUGAACCAGAGCGUGGAAAAGGUCAUGCAGGCCAACAACAAACUUGCUGCGGCCGGGCUACUCACCCCCGCACUGUCCGGCUCUUGCGCGCUCCUAUCUUUCUACGACAGCCAAUCUAAGCUUCUUAAGGUCGCCUGUACGGGCGAUUCUCGGGCUGUCCUGGGCCGCCGCUCGACGUCCGGCAAGUGGACCGCCACGCCGCUCUCGGUAGACCAGACGGGAAGCAACCCUGAUGAGGCUGCCCGGCUGCGCAAGCUACACCCUGGUGAGCCGGACGUUGUCCGCAACGGCCGCGUGCUAGGUAGUCUCGAGCCCACGCGCGCGUUCGGAGAUGCGAAAUACAAGUGGACGCGCGAGAUCUCGCAAAAGCUGAGGCAACAUUUCUUUGCCAAUUCGAUCCCGCCUCUCCUCAAAACGCCCCCUUACGUGACCGCCGAACCAGUCAUCACCACCGCCAAGAUCGAACCCGACAACGGCGAUUUCCUGGUUAUGGCUACCGACGGCCUCUGGGAGAUGCUGACCAACGAGGAGGUUGUUGGCCUGGUGGGCAAGUGGAUCGAGACGCAACAAAUCACCAAGGGCAGUAGCGGCAGCCCUAGCAGUGGGGGGUCGCAAUUUGAUACAGUAUGGACACGGAUUUUUGGAGCCAAGAGCGGGCUUCCCGUCGAGACCGCCGCCUCAGAUGCCUCCAGCAGCGGCCAAAAGAGCCCCUUUCGCCGGGGUAGCCGCGACUCGUCGUCAGGAGACUCGUUUGUCGUGAAGGAUCUCAACGUCGCGACACAUCUCGUGCGGAACGCGCUCGGCGGCAAGAACCAGGAGCAAGUAUCGGCUCUUUUGACGCUGCCGGCGCCCGUGUCGAGGCGGUAUCGCGAUGAUCUGACGGUACAGGUGGUUUUCUUUGGCAAUGGUGAGCGUACGGGGGAGGUGGUGGUUAAUCUGGACGCCACGGCGCUGGCGAAGCCGUCGAAGGCGAAGCUCCACGAGUACCUCACCGAGGAAGAGCGCAGGCUCAAGCAAGACCGCGAGCGCACAAAGUACUGGAAGAAAUGGGGGUCUUACGUCGCUGAGAGGCAGUGGGCGACGGUGCGAGAGGACUAUAGCGAGGACGGCGAUGCCUGGAGCCACUUCCCGCACGACCAUGCCCGCUCUCGCGCGUACCGCUGGGGUGAGGACGGCAUUGCCGGUGUUUGCGACACCCACGGCUACCAGAACAUUGCCUUUGCCUUCUGGAACGAGAAAGACCCCUUUCUCAAGGAACGCCUCUUUGGCCUAUCGAACCCACAGGGGAACCAUGGUGAGAGUAUCAAGGAAGCCCAUUUCCACCUAGACAACACACCUCACUCGUACAUGAAGUAUCUAUACAAGUACCCGCAGAAGGCCUUCCCAUACGACGACCUGCGCGACGAGAAUGCACGACGUGGUAAGACAGACAAGGAGUACCAGAUUCUCGACACUGGUGUCUUCGACGAGGACCGCUACUGGGAUAUAUUCAUCGAGACGGCCAAGGAAGACGAUGACCCGGAUGAGCUGCUCUUCCGGGUGACUGCCUGGAACAGAGGCCCUGACCCCUCUCCGCUACACAUCAUCCCUCAUGUGUGGUUUCGCAACACAUGGUCCUGGGGCCGCGAGCCUGCCGAAAACCGGCCGUCGAUGGGAAUUCACGAUGAGAACCUGAUCAAGACGAAACACCACAAGCUAGGUGACCGCUACGUUCUUCUGUCCCCAUCGCCUGGCGUUGGCGCCAGCGAAGAAGAUGUACAGCCUGAGAUUCUGUUCACGGAAAACGAGACGAACUACUCAUUGCUGUACAAGGGGAAAAACGAGUCGGAAUAUGUCAAGGAUGCUUUCCAUCGCCACAUUGUCGACCAGGAGAAGGGCGCGAUCAACCCGGAUCAGGUUGGCACCAAGGCUGCCGCGUGGUUCUCAUUCAAUGAAGAUGGCGGUGUCAAGCCGGGCGAGUGUGCUGUCGUCCGGUUCCGCUUUUCCAAGAAGUGCGAGACGUACCUCGACGAGGAAGAGUUCGACGACAUCAUCGAGCGCAAGAAGGAGGAGGCUGAUGACUUUUACUACCACAUCAGCCCCCUACCCAUGGCUGACGACCUCCGCAACAUCCAGAGACAGGCCUUCUCUGGCAUGAUGUGGUGCAAGCAACAUUACCUCUUCAUCUGGGAGGAGUGGGCAAAUGGCGAUCCCAGCCAGCCGCCUCCACCGCCGGGCCGCAAAGGGAUUCGUAAUUCUGCGUGGAAACACUUGCAUUGCGACGAUAUCUUAUCCAUGCCCGACUCUUGGGAGUACCCUUUCUUUGCGGCUUGGGAUACUAGUUUCCACUGCAUCACUCUGGCCAUGAUAGACCCGGAGUUCGCCAAAAAGCAGCUUGACUUGUUCACUCGCGAGUGGUACUGCCAUCCUAAUGGCCAGCUUCCUGCGUAUGAAUGGAACUUUGGCGACGUCAACCCGCCCGUCCACGCUUGGGCAACUUUUCGUGUCUUCAAGAUUGAGCGCAAGCUGUACGGCCGACAGGAUCUUGAUUUCCUCGAGCGCGUGUUCCAGAAAUUGCUGCUGAACUUCACCUGGUGGGUAAACCGCAAGGAUGUGGAGGGCAAGAAUGUAUUCGAAGGCGGCUUCCUUGGCCUGGACAACAUUGGUCUGUUCAACCGCUCCGAGCCCCUGCCGACAGGCGGCACACUAGAGCAGGCGGACAGCACGGGCUGGAUGGCCUUUUAUUGUCUCAACAUGCUCAACAUUGCGCUCGAGCUCGCUAAGCACCGGCGCAUCUACGAGGACAUUGCGACCAAGUUCUUUGAGCACUUCAUCCUCAUUAGUGACGCCAUGACGUUCCGGAUGGGCCAGACCGACGAGCAGUCGUUGUGGAACGAAGAAGAUGGCUUCUACUACGAUGCCAUCUCGUGGGGUGGCCCUUGGAUCCAGCAGAUGCCUGUCCGGUCGUUGGUCGGACUGAUCCCGCUGUACGCCACGCUCACGCUGGAGCCAGAACUUAUCAACCGGCUGCCGACCUUCAAGAAGCGGGUCGAGUGGUUUGUGAACAACCGCGAAGACGUGGCUGAGCGGACGAUGCAUAGCAUCCGCACGCGUGGUAAAGGCGACCGUAUCCUCCUGUCUCUCGUCAACAAGGACCGGCUCACGAAGAUUCUCCAGCGCAUGCUGGACGAGGAGGAGUUCUUCAGCCCCCACGGCAUCCGUUCGCUGUCCAAGUAUCACAAGGAUCACCCGGUCUCCAUGGAUGUAAACGGCCAGACCUUUGGUGUCAGCUACGUUCCCGGCGACUCCGACAGCGGCCUGUUUGGUGGCAAUAGCAACUGGCGCGGGCCCAUCUGGCUGUGUGUCAACUUCUUGCUAGUCGAGUCGCUCCAGCGGUUCUUCCUCUUCUUUGGGCAGAAUCUGCAGGUUGAAUGCCCUGUUGGUUCGGGCGAUUACAUGCAUCUGGGCCACGUCUCGGAGGAGAUCCAGCACCGGCUGCAACAUUUGUUCGUGCGCGACAACGACGGACGCCGCAGCAUCAACGGGGGCAAUGAGGUGCUCGACUUUGACCCUCACUGGAAGGAUUACCUGUGGUUUUAUGAGUUUUUUGACGGCGAUAACGGUCGCGGUCUCGGUGCCACCCACCAGUGCGGUUGGACUGGUCUAAUUGCGCGCAUGAUCCAUGAUACUGGCGUCAACUGCCGGCUGCCGCAAACCCCGCGCACCCCGCGCGCGGGCAUGUCGCAUUAUUUUGACGACGUUAUCCAGCGUGGCACCAAAGACACUGCGCAAACACCCAGCGUUUUAUCCCCACGUCUACGCCGCAGCUCGACAAACCGCUCGCUGGCCGCCCGCAGCGACUACGGCGAUGACGAUGAGGAUGACGAGGCCGUCAACGGUGGGCUUGGUCAGAACGGGGAUGGGGCGCAGAAGAAAGAGAAUGGUGACAAGCGGGAGAAGACACAGCGGAAUGGGGACGGGGAUAGGAGGGGGUCGAUCAACCCGGCGCUGCUGAAUGAUCCGGAGAGGGUCAAGGCGAGGUCGGAGGCGGACAAGCAUUUGCAUUCGUACAUUAGCCAGCAGUUGGAGCGGGUGAAGCUGGAGAGGGGGGAUGAUUAUGAAAAUCUGGAGGGGGAUGAGUAUGUAACGAAGGCUUAG